AUGGUCCCAUCGGAUCCAGCUACCUCAAGAGAGGCCAAAAAACAGCGGACGGCCUCUGGUAACCAGCCGAAGCAACCCGAGGCGAAGGUCGAUGUCGUUGCCGAUCAUAAGAGGUGUUGGAUUAGAAUCAAUACCAUUAAAAAUUCCCGCAUGUUAGCUGAAUUUCGAGAAAUCGAUUCAUAUCUGACUGACUCUGAAACCGAAUCAUCGAAUUCUGAAGACGAAGAUUAUCGACCUAGUCUGGCUCAGAAGGAUUUCGAUAACUCAGUGCUUCGGAUGGGCCGAUCCUUGAUCGCAGCCGCAAAAGCCAACCCACUCCAUCUGCCUUCUUCCCGUCAUUCAGCCGACACAGUUACCGAGAUUAUACCACAAGUUACCAUGCGUCUCACGAGGCUGGAUCCUGAGGGAGAACCUAACGAUCCUCGAAUCGCGCAGACAAUCCAAGGGUUGAAGGACAUGGGCAUCGAGGCUGAAUUGGGCGAAAGGAAACCUGCUGAGGUUCCCGAAGUGAUACGUUCAUCUCAGCCAAGUCCUCUACAGCUCUUCUUUGAACCGACUUCAAAGAUCAACCUCGACCUUUCCGCCCUCAUCGCUUUAGUGUCCGACCUCACCCAUGCUUCCCUCCCAUCAUCUAUUGACGAAGCUAACAAACGCUUCAUACCACCUCAAAAGUACCUCGAAUGGAAGAAGAAAAUGACAGCCAGUAAGGCGAAAGCCAGGGCUGUAGCAUUAGCAAAGACGAAUGCAGAGCUAGCCGCUGAUCUGGAGCUUGACGACGGAGAAGGCGGAGAGGGCGGAGAGGGUGAGGAGAACGGUGAAUUACCGUACUACGCCAAGCAAGACCUGGCCAAGCACUCUCGUGCGCUUACCAACCAAGUCCUUCAAGAGAUGGGCAAAGGUCUUUUGCAGGAGAUGUAUGAUCAGCUCAAAUCGAUAUCGUCACCUCUCGAACGAGUGGAAUUUUGGACGACCCGGGAAGCGAGGGAUAGAUGCUUAAGGAUCGUUUCGAAGAUUGGAGGCCCGAAUGAGAAACGACGUGUGAAGGCGCUACUUUGGGACCGUUCGCUCGAAGACCCAGACCUUGAUUCCCAAGAACUAGCCGAAGAAGCAUAUUGGAAGGAUUCACGUUUUGGUCACAAAUUCAUACCCCUCAUUCCGAUACGAAUUCACUCGAGUUCUGAAGACGAGAAAGAUUGCGCUCAUAGUAAUGAUAAGCCCGCUUUUUUCCAUUCGCUGGACAGAACUUGCUAUGACAUCCUAGAAGGGGAAGGGUUCAACCCCCGAAACUCGUCUGAUCGCUCACCUCUACACUCGGUGCCUCCUCCCAAUGGAGAUAAUAUUGCGCGAGCCAUUGUCACCAAGGUCAAUCCUCGGCUCACUGCUCACACGGUCCAAAGCAUGCUUUUGGGUGCCCGACUCGGAUGGACAACUUUGACUGCCAAUAGGACGAGUGUCAAAGCGAUUGUGAAGGAGAUGAAUUCUCGCUCAAGAGCAAUCGUAUUCGGUGACGGCGAAGUCCUGAAUGGCGAGCAAGACGAUCUGUUUAACCUCCAUUCUGGGGGGCCUAACGAUGAUCAAGGACAGCACAAAGCAGGUUCUGAGGAUAUAGACUGUUCUAUCAAGUCGAAGGCUGCGAUAUGGAUCAUCGAUCCUCGCAGUUUGGCCGAAGGGAUGAGGUCAGAUACCGAGACAGCUCCUGAUAUCUGGCGUACCGAAUAG